CCGGUACGUUUGCGAUACGGUCCAGCCCAGCUAAUGGGCAAAACCCUAGCCCGGCCCCGAUGAUCCCCUGUUGAAUCGAUCCUUCCUCUCGAUCCCGACCUGGCUCCACACCCGGCUGCGGCGGCGGCAGGCCGGCGGUGAAUCCAGCAGUGCUGCGCUCCCCCUCAGCCCCUCUCACACAGGCACGCAACAGCCAGUAGCAGCCCGUUCCCCGGCGGCAGCUCACCGGCUGAGGUCGUCACUUCGCAGGCGGCAGCAGCAGCACCAAGGUACUUGAUUGAUGGAGCCAGAUUUAACUUUGGAUGAAGUAGCAGAACAGAACAGAUCAGCACCUGACGAAGAGGAUGAAGAUGCUUUCAUCGUCGAGGAGAUUGGGGAUUCUUCAGAUGACCGACAGGCAGAGCCGACCGUGAUGUUGGAACCCAAGAAGGGGAUGAUGUUCAGCAGCGAGGAUGAUGCUGUCAGGUUCUACAAAGCUUAUGCCAGAAAAAAGGGCUUUGGUGUGAUAAGAAGGACGACCAGACACGGAGAAGACAAAAUGCUUACUUAUUUCACGCUUGCUUGUAACAGACAAGGGAAGGCUCAGUUCUCAGCAAAGAACUCAUUUAAGCCUAAUCCGUCGACAAGGAUGCAAUGCCCAGCUAAGAGUAAUUUCUCUCGUCGUGGGGAAAAUUUCUGUAUCACGACUGUUACGCUUGAACACAAUCAUCCUAUAAGUCCAAGCAAAGCCAGAUUUCUGAGAUGUCAUAAGAAAGUGGACUUGCAUUCCAAGAGAAGGCUAGAAUUGAAUGAUCAAGCAGGAGCACGUAUGAACACGAAUUUUGGUUCUCCUGUUAUGGAAGCUGGAAAUCUUGAGUUUGGUGAAAAGGAAUGCACUAACUAUUUGCAAGAGAAAAGAAGCCUGAAACUUGGUGCUGGAGAUGCACAUGCUCUUUAUCAAUAUUUUCUCCGUAUGCAGUCAAAAGAUCCAGCUUUUUUCCAUGUUAUGGAUGUGGCUGAGGAUGGACGAUUGAGAAAUGUCUUUUGGGCAGAUGCAAGAAGUAGGGCUGCAUAUGAGUCUUAUUGGGAUGUCAUCACAUUUGACACUACAUACCUAACAAACAAGUAUAGAAUACCGCUCGCUACUUUUGUUGGCGUAAAUCAUCAUGGAGAAUCUGUUCUAUUAGGUUGUGGUCUUCUGUCCAAUGAAGACACUGAGACUUUUGUUUGGCUAUUUAAAUCUUGGCUAUGUUGUAUGUCAUGCAAACCACCAAAUGCUAUAGUCACCGACCAAUGCAAACCAAUGCAGAAUGCUAUUGAAGAAGUUUUCCCUCAAGCUCGGCAUAGAUGGUGUACAUGUCAUAUCAUGAAGAAGAUUCCUGAAAAUCUUAGUGGGUAUGAAAACAUUAAAUCUUCAUUGUCAAAUGUGGUGUAUGAUUCCUUGACCAAACAUGGUUUUGACAAAGCUUGGGUGGAGAUGAUCAAUAAAUAUGAUCUUCAGGACAAUGAAUGGCUUGCUGGAUUAUAUGAUAAUAAAAAUCUAUGGGUACCAGCAUACGUAAAAGAUACUUUCUGGGCAGGAAUGUCUUCAACAAAAAGGAGUGAGAGUGUAAAUGCUUUCUUUGAUGGCUAUGUCAAUGCUAGAACAACUCUGAAGCAAUUUGUGGAGCAGUAUGAAAAUGCACUAAGAGAAAAGGUAGAGAAAGAAAACAAGGCUGAUUCUAAGUCAUUCCAAGAGCAAAUUCCAUGCAUUACUCACUAUGACUUUGAGAGGCAAUUUCAAGCAGCAUAUACUACUGCAAAGUUUAAAGAGUUUCAAGAUCAAUUAAGAGGUAAAAUCUAUUGCUAUCCAACUCAGCUGAACAAAGAAGGAUCAGUUUUUACAUUUGGAGUCAGAGAGGACAGCAAGAUUUUUUGUGAAGGAGAGGAUGGCAAAAGAAAAGAGAAAAGGGUUAUUUUAGAGUUCAUUGUCUUGUUCAACCAAGGGGAAUGCGAUGUGCAGUGUAUGUGUAGGCUCUUUGAAUUUCGAGGCAUCUUGUGUAGCCACAUCAUUUCCGUGCUUGCUCUCAUGGAGAUCACAGAUGUACCUUCUAGGUAUAUAUUGCAGCGAUGGAGAAAGGAUAUUAAGCGCAAACACACAUUCGUUAGAUGCUUCUAUGAUGAUAUGAUUGAUACACAAGUUGUGCAGCGUUAUGAUAAUUUGUGCAAGCAUUCCCAUGAAGUGGCAGAGAAUGGUGCAGAGUCUGAUGCAUUGCAUGACUUGGUGAUGGAUGGCCUUAAUGAGUUACAAAGAAAGAUUGAUGCGUACCGUGCUAGGUAGGAAGUUUAGGAGAAGGAUCCAACUUCAAAGCAUGAAGAUACAAUGCAAAAAAAAAAGUACUCAGUCCAAUCCCUAUUUGCAGUGUAAGUCGUCCUUCAAAGAGAAAGGAAUCGAAAGUGGAUCAAGUGGUCAAAAUAUUGAGAGCAAAGAAGCAGCAGGUACCAACAAAUGCAAAUGAAAUGCCAAGUCAAUAGAGGAGAAAGGUAUCAAAAUUUUAGUUAUCCAAGAAGAUCUUUCUGUUGUAACUUACUAAAGUGUAAGAACCAUCUCUUGGCGGAAACAGAACAGCAAAUCAAAAAAUGGGCAAGGCGCUAAUCUAGAGAGUUCACAACAAAUGGAGGCACAUCAGGAAAAGGGCCAUCCUCGCUAACAUACAUGACAAGGCUGGGAUGUACAGGGUGGUUUCUAUGUCAGUCCUGAUGCAAAGCUGCUAUUUGUGGUCCCUAUCCGUGGGAACAGUCCAGCCACGUUGGGGAUGAGUGGAGAUCACUACAUCAGCACGAAGUACUCCACUGUGAAGCAUGGCCGAAUGUACUUCCAAGUCUGGAUGGUUGAAAUUCACGAUGUAGACUAAUCUGGAGAUAGGGUUGCUCAUGCUCAUCUUAUUUUCAUGAUGAUGAAACUCUUGGCAUCGGUUUCGAUGCCCUGUAGAUACUCAGCACUAGUUGCCCAAGGCUUCACACAUGAUGUUUUGCCAUCAGUACUAAGUUUCAGUCUAGGUAUCAUAUAUGACCAGACACAAACCUUAGUCUUUCUUCAUUAUGUGUUUGUCAGUUAAAUCAUUUAGUCUUCUUCAGUUUCUUUUCAA